UAGAAACAUCUGUAACAUGGUUGCUUGUCAUUUUUUAUCGGUUAUCAAUCACCCCACCGCCACUAUAUAUCGGACGACCACAUAAGAAAAAUAAGAAAAGUUGUGAAAACCGUGUCGAAAAUGUUAUUAAACGCAUUGUAAAAUGCUUAUAGUGCUAAUAAAUCUCACAUGUGAAACGCUAAAACGUGAAUUUAAUAUCAAAUCUGUGCAGAAUUUCAAAGUGCAAUAGCAAUCGAGCUACAGUGCAAUCAGUCGUCACCUGAAGUCAAAUACAUAAAUAAAAACAAGCAAUAACCUUGUGGCAAUCGCUUGCAGUUCGAACGCGCUCCAAAUCAGUAACAAAAUAGAAAGUCCAAUUACCAACAGCCGCCAGUGUAGUGAGUGUUGUGCGAAUUGCUUUCGUCAAAAUACCAAUACAUUUAUUCUUAGCAGCAGUGUUAAGAGUUUAACUUUAAUAUCCAUACUCUAAUAAAUCGUCAACAGUUCUUAAAACAGUUUUAUUUUCCACUAUAAAUUUGAGGUGCUUGUCUUGCUCGCACACUGACAAAAUAAAUAACGCACACAAACAACGAAAUACACACAUACAGUUACGAAUAUAUACGCAGUUACGUAUUGGUGUGCAUACGAAAGACGUGCGCAAAAGAAUUCGAAAAUAUACAAAGUAAUUCGAUUUGAAUAGUUUAAUUUGAAAAUAAAGAAACGAAAAGAAAAGUAAAGCAAUAUCAAUAACCAAGAGUCUCAGCACGAAAGCAAGAACACAAAAUCAACUUUAGCAGUAACUGGAACAACAAUAAUAAUAAUAUAAGUGAUUAGCAACGACAACAGCGAACGGAAACAGUUAGCAGCAAGCAAUAACAACACAUCGAUAAAUUUGAAUGCUGCUGCGGUUUUAUCAUUUCAAAGAAAAUGGUUUCGUUAAUUGAUACUAUCGAUGCGGCAGCGGAGGCUCAAAAGCAACGUACCGCCGCUGCCGCUGUAGCAGCAACGUCAUCCACAACGAGCAGCAGCAACAACAACAACGCUGGAGCCAAAACUGCGUCCGCUGCUGCAGGUGCAGCUUUGACCGCCAGUGGCAAGCCAAAGGAGAAACGAAGGAACAAUGAGAAGCGCAAGGAGAAGUCGCGGGAUGCUGCGCGUUGUCGUCGCUCCAAGGAGACAGAAAUCUUUAUGGAACUGUCGCAGGCAUUGCCGCUUAGGCCCGACGAUGUCAAUCAGCUGGACAAGGCUUCUAUAAUGCGCAUUACAAUUGCCUAUCUUAAGAUACAUGAGAUGCUGCAGCUGGUACCAAAGAUACGAGAGUGCAGCGAACGCAUUACACCGGAUAUUGACUCUACUGGGACAGCGCUGGUGAAGCCCAAGCUGGAAAAUGAGAACGAGGAUUGGCUAAAGUGUGCCGAGGCCAGUCAAUUGUUAAAACAGACCAUGGAUGGCUUUCUGUUGGUGCUAUCCAAUGAGGGCGACAUUACAUAUGUCUCUGAGAACAUAAUUGAUUAUCUGGGCAUCACAAAGAUUGAUACGCUGGGUCAACAGAUCUGGGAGUAUACGCAUCAAUGUGAUCAUGCUGAGAUCAAGGAGGCUCUCAAUCUCAAACGCAAUGGCAUCGCUGACAAGAUCAAGGAUGAACAAUUGCUCGAAUCGGGGGUCAGCACACAUCAUCGAGAUCUAUUCAUCCGUAUGAAGUGCACAUUGACCAGCCGCGGACGCAGCAUCAACAUAAAGAGUGCCUCAUAUAAGGUUAUUCACAUAACCGGACACUUGAGGGUCAACAGCAAGGGCGAACGUGUGCUGAUUGCCAUUGGUCGGCCCAUACCGCAUCCCUCGAACAUUGAAAUACCGCUGGGCACGAGCACAUUUCUUACCAAGCAUUCGCUGGAUAUGAAGUUCACCUAUGUGGAUGACAAAAUGCUUGGUCUGCUUGGAUAUAUGACCGGUGAUCUAUUAGACACAUCGCUAUUCGAUUGCCAGCAUGGCGCCGAUUCGGAACGACUAAUGGCCACCUUUAAGAGCGUGCUGAGCAAGGGACAGGGCGAGACCUGUCGCUAUCGUUUUCUGGGCAAGUGCGGUGGCUAUUGUUGGAUCGUUUCCCAGGCGACGAUUGUCUACGAUAAGUUGAAGCCACAGAGCGUUGUCUGCGUUAACUAUGUCAUUAGUAAUCUUGAGAACAAACAUGAGAUUUAUUCACUUGCUCAACAAACGGCGGCAAGUGAACAACAGGAACAGCGGCAACAACAACAACAACAACAACCAUCACAGGAACAGCAGCAACUAUUACCUGCAAAUCACAACAAUAACAACGAAAGCAGCAACACUGAAACAAUUGCAACAAAAUCAGCUGAGGAACAAGUUGCUGAAACCACAUCCACCACAACUGCAGCAUCAGCAACAACAACAACUUUAGAACUAGUUGACAAACCCAAAGUGAUUGAGACUGUUAAAGAAACAACAAUAAUUACAACAGAACCAAUAACAACCACAACAACAGCAACAAAAAUAACUGCAACUGCUGCUGCAACAAACCCACCAACAAUAAACACCACAACAACCUCAAUUUUAAACAGCAACAAACAAACAGAACAACAAACACAAUUGCAAAGAGAGCUGUUUAUCAAACGUGAAAACAUUUCCCCCGGACCGCGCACCAUAACCGCUCAAUUAUUUACCAAUUUGCCUGUUAACAACACCAGCAACAACAACAACAUCAACAACAACAACUUGCUGCGUAUCGAAGAGAAACGUCCGAAAUCGGUAACCGCCUCACUAAUACGCCCCACACCACCCACAACCACACCAAUCGGUGGUUGCUUGAAUAUCAAGUCGAGAAAUCCAUCGAUAAACGUCGCUGCUGCAGCUGCUGCUGUUGCAUCGCAAACAUUGCCGCCGACAACAACAGCAACGGCUGCAAUUUUAUCGUCGAGCAAUCCACAACAGCAACAGCAACACCACCACCAACAACAACAACAGCAACAUCAACAUCAGCUACAACAACAGCAUCGACAACAAACACAAGAUAUGAAUAAGGAUUUCUUAUUAUUUGCUGAUGAUGGUCGAGGUUCAACAAUGCUGAAAGAGGAACCCGAUGAUUUGUCACAUCAUUUGGCCAUACAGUCGGAUGAGAUGACGGCCUUUGGCGAGAUGAUUGUGGGUCUUAUGGGCACCUGUUUUCUGCCCGAUGAGAUCUCACUGGAUGCCACAACCUGCUCGACAACGGCGAGUGCACAGCACUAUAAUGGCAGCAACAGCAGCAACAACAGCAGCAGCUACAACAGCAAUCGUCACAGUCUGGGCAGCACAGCAACAACAGUCAAUGCCAACAGCAACAAUUGCAGCAGCAGCAACAGCAGCAACAAUGGCAGCAGAACUAAUAUCAACAAUAGCAACAGCAACAGCCAUCAGCAUCAGGACAACAGCAACAGCAGCAGCAACAUUGAUCCUCUCUUCAAUUAUCGUGAUGAAUCCAAUGACACUAACUGCUCACAGCAUUUGCAUUCGCCCAGUGUCACAGCAAAGAGUCCUGAGGUCAGCAGCCUUCCUUCGUUGUGCAGCCCCAACUCGUUGACCCAGGAGGAUGAAUAUUCCUUUGUGGAUUAUGGCAUGCGUGCUCCUUAUAUUCCCAUGGGCGAUGAUAUGCCGUUGUUGACGGAGAGAGAUCUCAUGUGGUGUCCGACGAUUGAUUUGCAUGCCGCCUUGCGCACCAAGGAUAACGAUGCCAUGCAGCAGCAACAGUUGCCACCGUUCAAGCCACAGCAGCAAUACAGCAGCUAUCAUCAGCCACUGCAACAGCAACAGCUGCAACAACAACAGCACCAGCAGCAACAACAGCAGCAACACUUUUCCAGUUCGCUUUGUUCCUCGCCCGCCUCGACAGUCUCAUCGUUGUCGCCAUCGCCCGUGCAGCAGCAUCAGCACCAGCAACAACAUCAACACCAGCAGCAACAGCAAUCGAGUGUCUCUGCAACUGGCGCUAGCGAAUUGGCAGCUUUGCUUUGCGGCAGUGGCAAUGGUACGCUUUCCAUUCUGGAAGAUGAUCGCUUGCAGCAACAACAACAGCAGCAGGAUCAGCAGCAGCAACAACAGGUGAUCAGCGACAUUCGCAGAUUCCAGCAAUUUGAGCAGGAACUGCAGCUGCAGGUGGAGGAACAGCAGCGACUGCAACAACUGGAACAACAACAGCAACAGCAACGCCAGCAACAAGAGCAGCAACAUCAACAGCAACAGGAGCAGCAGCAACAGUUGAGUCUUAGCAUAGAGUGCAAAAAGGAGAAAUAUGAUGUGUCAUUGUCGGCCAGCUUAUGUCAUUCCAUUGACGAUGCAUUUGAGAAUGACUACAGCAAGGAUUCCGCCAAUUUGGAUUGUUGGAGUGAUUUGUUGCAAAUGAAUGUGGGCGAGGCAGCGGGAAGUCCAGCAGUGUCGCCAGCGCCCAGUAAAGUGACAACGCUGCAGCUGUUGCAGCAGCAGCAACAGCAGCAACAACAGCAGCAGCAGCAGCAGAAUAUCAUUUUAAAUGCCGUGCCAUUGAUAACAAUACAAAACAGCAAGACAUUGAUGCAACAACAACAACAACAACAACAACAGCAAGAGCAGCAUCAGACGGAGGAGGAGCUGCAGGAGAUGUUGCUGCCGGGCAAGUUGCCAGCAAUGAGGCUAUUAAAUGGCACAACCCUUGGCCCACUCAACACCAAGGCAACCAUACGUCUCGUUGAGAGAAAGUCGAACAGCACGCCACAAGUGAAAACAACCGUGUUGCAAGCAUUGGUGCCACAGCAACAACAACAACAGCAACAACAUGGCAAUAAGCGACAUUUGAACAGCACUUCGGCAGCUGGCAAUCCAGUGGAAACAAAGCGUCUGAAGAGUGGCACCAUGACCGUAGAGGUGGUGCAAUCACCACAGUUGUUGCAACAACUAAUGGGCAAGGAUCAGCAGCAGCAGCAACAGCAGACUCAGCAGGCAACAAAGCGACAAUCGAGCAGCGAUCGUUGGUCAGCAGCAGAAGCCAAGCAACAGAAGCAGCAGCAGCAGCAGCAACAACAGCAGCAACAACAACAACAGCAGCAGCAACAACAACAGUCAAAUUCGGUGCUAAAGAAUCUGUUAGUUAGCGGACGUGAUGUGAAUAUCACUCAAGAUGCUGUCGAGCCCAUGAUCAUUGACGACAACACCGUGGACCAGGUGAUGCCCUCCACUUUCGCAUUGGCUGACGACUCCAAAUAUGCCAUGUCUUUGCAGUGUCACACCGCGACAGCUUCGGUGUUGCGCAACUAUCGCCACAAUCCGCUGAUAAGUGGCGUGAAUCUGCAGUUGUCUCCGGUAUUCCAGAGUCCGAGCUGUGAUGGCGAUGCCAGCUCGGUGGCUUCGUUGGACGACUCAAUGCCGCCGGCACUGACUGCCUGCGACACGGAUGCCUCCAGUGACAGCGGCAUCGAUGACAACAGCAUCGCCGAGACGCGUGCCGUGUCGCCGCAGAAGCAGUUUCCGCAUUUGGCCAACAACAAUGAGAUCCAUGAACAGAGCGAAGCAGCUCCCCCACCACUGGAUGUGGCCUCUGUGCCACCGGCACCGCCGCCACUCGAGGCAGACAACGAUGAGCAGGCGGUGGCAAUUGCCAGUAAUGGCACCAGUCGCAAGUCCUCAAUAUCUUUCAUGGACAGCAGCAAUCCCCUGCAGCAUCAUCCAUUGUGGAAGGAACUCUGCACCGCCGACUACAACAUGAGCGACAUCGAGUUGACCGAGAAUCAACUGGAGACGGUGCUGGGUUGGCCCGAAAUAGCCUAAGUCCACACCUUUCUUGGAGGCAUUUACUGCAUUUUUACGUAGGCAUUUUCUGGGUCUUGUCUUUUCUUUAUAUUUGCGUUUGCAACACGUACAGAAAAAUGAUGAAUUAAUUGAAAAUCAAAGCAUAACCAAAAAAUUGAUUUUGAGCCUUGCGUAAAAAUAGAAAAACAAAUAAAAUAAUAACAAUAAAAACCAAUAUAUUAUACAAACAGACAAACACAGAUACACUUGAAAACAGGAAAAGUUCAACAUAUUUUGAAUAGUUUUUGUAGCAACUUUAACUGCCUAGAACAGAUGAAUAUACGAGUAUGUAAUUUAGUCUUAAUGUUUCUACAUGCAACAAGAAAGUUGACAAACAAAAAAAAAAAAACAAAUUCAUACAUAUUUGCAUAAGGAAAAUAUAUAACAAAACGAAAAAAAAAAAGAAUAAAACAAUUCAUAGUUCUUGCUGAAAGGCCCAAGUAAAAUUUCUGGUGACGGUUGUAAUCCGAACAACAUUCAAUCGCAAAAGCUGUGAAAA